AACAUGUGACAUAAGCCCUGUAAAGUGUCUAACUGAAUCUUUAGAGAAGUCAAGUGAGAGAACAAAAAGAAGAUAUUUAUCAAAAGCUAAUACUUGUAUAACUGCUCUACUGAACACUAUUUGUCCUGAUGAUUCUGAGUUCAUCAAACAUUCUCUUUUUGGAGAGCAAGAAAAUGACAAAAAUAAAACCACAAGCUCUUUGUUGGAUGCUAUUGUCAGCUCAUACAUGGUUGCAAACACCUCAACGUUGAGGAGACAGUUAUUAUCAAUAGCAACAAAUGAUUACAGUUUUGCAGAAGUCAGUGCCAGUAUUCCAGGAUUAUCUCACUACAAGUUUUAUUCUGCUAAGAAACAUGCACAAAAUAUUGGUUUAGGUGUUCCUGCACAAUCAUCAAAGAUUCCUCGUUCUAAAAUAAAUGAUGGACAGCUUGACCAUUUUUUAGACUUCAUUACUUCAAACCACUUGAUCAAAGAUUUACCAAUUGGAGAAAAAACAUUACAGCUUUCAACUGGAGAACUCAUUCAAACACCAAAUGUAAUCAGAAGUAUUGCCCCUGCAACAAUCAUCAGGCAGUAUACACAGCUCUGUGAGGAUGAAAACAUUCAGCGUUUAGGCACAAGUACUAUGUACAAGAUUUUGACCGACUGCAGUGCUUCAGUCAGACAGUCUAUGGAGGGUCUUGACUACUAUAUUUCUGAGGGAAGUCGAGCAUUUACAGAUCUCACAGAAACUGUAGAACAGUUAGAUUUAACCUUGGAUGAAAAGAAGAAAACACUGGAUAAUUUGGUGGUAGCAAAGCAUUACCUAAAAACAGAUUAUAAGCUACAUGUAAAUACAUCAUCAUCCAUAGCAGACCAUUGUUGUUCGUAUGCUUUGAGUGAAGAAAAAGGACCCUUCUGCCAAAAAUGUGAUAACCAUUCGCAUACUGAUGAAUGCCAACAGUGUAGUUUUGUUGAUGAAACACUAUCUUUUAUUUCAAAGAGUGCAAUUGAAAGACACUGGGAUAAUCCUGAAGCUGUGCUCUUUAAGGUUGAAAAAGCAAUAGCUGAUAUCUAUGAAUGGAAGAGUCAUAUCCUUCGAUCAAAAAUUCAAGAAAAGGCAAGACAAGCUGUUGUGAACUGUCUUGGGGAAAAUGAGGCUUUCAUGGUAGCUGACUGGGCCAUGAAAUUUUUACCGCGAAAGUUUAGAGAGGGCCAGACAGAUUGGUUUGGAAAGAGAGGCAUUAAUUGGCACAUCACUGUUACUAUGUUAAAAUCAGAGGGAAGAGUGAAAUUUCUUACACAUGUGCAUAUAUUUGAACAACCAACCCCUCAAGAUGCAGCUACAACUGGAGCUAUUCUGGUCGAUGUGGUUCAAAUUCCAUCUGUCAAAAAGGUCAACAUAUGGUCAGAUAAUGCCGGUUGCUACAAAAGUACAUUGACCAUUGCCACUUUACAUCAAGAGCUAGACAAGAAAAUAAAAUCCUACAAUUUUUGUGAGGCUCAGGAUGGGAAGGGCGCAUGUGACAGGAAGGCAUCCCAUAUCAAGUCGGCUAUAAAAAGAUAUGUAAACGAGGGCAAUAAUGUGACAACUGCACACCAAAUGAAACUGGCAAUUGAUUCGCAACAAAGAGGCCAGUACAUGGUGAAAGUGAUAAGUCCUGUUAUUAAUGCUGAUGAUGAUAAGGUCUCACUUAGAAGUAUUCCAUUGAUUUCUAUGCUCCAUAAUUUUAAGUUUACUGAUAAUGGAUUGCAAGUUUGGAGAGCUUAUGAUAUUGGUCAAGGUAAUAUAAUUUUAUGAUUUACUUAUCAGCUCAACUGUAGC